AUGGAGUAUCGCGCUAAAACAUUGCCUAUACCAUCAAACUGGGUGCACCCAGAUCUACGGCGCCGAAUUCAGGAGCGCGAUAAAGCGGGUUCCUCCGCACCGAUUAAGAGAAUAUCUGGGUGGAAUCAUUUAGUACAGAAACGGCUUGUUUUCUUAACGAGCAUGUUGAAAACAAAGAAAGCGAGUCUGGCAGACAUGGAAUCAGCCCUGAAUAUGCUGAAGCAAGAUGUGGCAAACAUGGAGCGAGAGAAGGAAGAAUUGAGUGGCCUUGCAGAGGGCCUCAGUAACCAAGUUUACUAUCAGAAAAGUAUGGCUGGAUCAGCAAUCCUUUCUGGUACUGCUCAAGGCGUACUUACACACUCGGAUAAUUUUGACGAGCCUUGUUCAAUUGUCGACGCGCAGAAAUCUGUUGAUGGAUACACAUGUCCCUUAGAGGUUCACUUUCUUCAUCUUUUUGGACGGCAGUUAGGGUUUCCGUUAUGUGGCAAAGUGGACGAGGCACAGGUCCGAUUGUUUUUGAAAUCCUUUGCUCCGCUCUUCUCAUGGAAUGACUCCAAGAGAUGUGUGCAGCCGCCUUUUUUCUUUGAUGAGCCAUGUUUGAUUGAGGAAGAGGGCACUCCAUGCCGAAAUGUGGCGUGUGUGUACUGGCAUAAAAACCAGCUGGAGCAUAUCAAAUGGGCCGUGCGCCAAUUCAUACGGGCAGCAUCUAGGUUUCAUGUGGCAGAUCCACGACUGUGCGCGAUCGCCGCUUUUUUCGACCACACCUGGACCUUUGUGGACACGGCCAAGUCCGUUCAGCAGAUUUCGCGCACCAUAACAAACCGUAUUCAAAGCAUCAUUGCUAUGGGAUGGCAUACCUUUCUGCUCGCCCCAGGCACCGAGAUGGAUGCGGGGCAGCGUGUGUGGGCGGCCCCUAUCGCGCCGAUGCCCUCCACAUCCUCGCUCCGCGAGGAUCUCUUGACCAAUGACGAAGAGCGGCGUGCAUGGCGUGCGGCAGCCGCCGCUGGAAAAUCGUCUGCGACCCUUCUCUUUCUCGAGCAACCGACGGCAUUGAUGUGGCGCUGCAUGGUGCGUAUAUAUGGCGAAACCCCAGAACAGCUCCACUGGCUCGCAGAUCAGGGGCGGCAGUUGUUCCCAAGCUCACCUCAUCUGCAGUUAUUGUACGUGCACACUCUUAUCGAGCAGCAUGAGAGCGUUGAGAGUUGUGUUGAGACGUGCCGUGUGGCGGCCAGGACGCUUUCCGCCCAGGCGAGUGCGGCGUCCCUCACGCUCAAGGACACGUUCUGCGCCGAGACGAUCUCGCGCUACGUGGCGCAUAUUGUCGCGCAAGGGGCGGUCUACGCAUCGCGGGGCGCCGACAUUGCGGCCUGCGUCGCGUUGCUGGAGGAGGCCCUGGGGAUCCACCCAUGCCAGGCCUUCGCACUGCUGCCAAAGGCGCGAGAGAACCUCACUCUGAUGCUGAUCUGCGCCAAGCAGACGGGCGGCCUGUCACAGGCGGAGUGCCUCCCGUUAGCUUCCAUCUCAGACCACUCCUGGACCUUCUGCCGCUACUUUCCCAACGUUACUCAGGAAUUGUGCGGUCAGCUACUCGCCGGGCAGCUGGAGCUUAUCAACAGUUGCCAACGAAGCCUCCUCAAUCAACAUAUGUUAGACGAAAUGAAAUCAGCUGCUCAACUUUCGCUGAUGCGGGUCUUCUCCGUUUGUAUUCAGUACAUGGAACAGAUUAUGCGAAAGUUGGUCGCAGAUUCCGAGAUAAGCCAGGCGGUGUUGUGGAGCGAGUAUAUCCACUGCAUUGGUGAUUUUGACAGCGCACAAGUCGCUAGUGCUAUGGCCCUGCAGCUUAUAACGGACGAUACAAAACCCCCCGUCAGCUGUAUUUUGACAGUUUUGCUGAUUUGGUUCAUGGACACACCCGACGUGUGCAUGACUGACAAAGUGUUGCAACGCUGCGCUUUGUUUAUGCAGAAUGUCGGCAUUGAUCAGGGAGAAAUUUUUUCCAGCACUUAUAUGGUCGAAAAAAUGAAAGUGAACCCGACGAUUCCACCUGUUGAGUGGGUUUCCUUUUACAUCCUGUAUUCAAUGAAGGAGGAGACUCUUCAACAGUAUGAGUUGCUUUCCAACAUUCCUGUUGCACUUUACGUGACUGAUACGAACGCGGUUGUGCUACUUCUCAUGGCGCAGGCCCGCCUGGCAGCUGACAUGGAUGAUCUUGCGCGCUUCAUCUCUAGCUUGAAGCGUGCCCUUUAUAUUCUACGACAUCCUUUUCUUAUGUGGGGAAGCCCUUUGGAUAUAUUUUGGAAUAGUCUAGUCGGGAUUGCCCACUGUACCACGUUAAUGCUCUAUUCCCUGGUCCCAGUUCUGCUGAAGUCGCUGGGGGGAAAAACGAUGGAAUGGCGUUUAUCAAUUCUAAAGGUUGGGGAACAGUUUGGAGUGUUGCAUCCUCUUCUCAAGGAGCACAUUAGUGCAAGAGAUGGGGCAUAG